AUGCCUCGUCGAUCUGUUGGUUCUUCCUCCGCUCAAGACCCCUCCGGCUCGCCGUCUUUUUCUCCCUCCUCCACCUCCUCCGGGAAGCGCGGUAUUGCGACUCAAUCGUCCUCCGUCAAGCCCAAUCGCUUCGUUCAGUUCUUUUCCGCCUCCCCGAAACCCAAGGCUGACGCGACUGCCCCUCGACAGACCGCUAGUGCCAAUUCACAGCCUCCUGCCUCCGCUCCUCCCAUCAGCUCAGCCUCCCUAUCGCUGCCGACGAUCUCGCUCUCCACCGCCACCGCGGACAAUCCCAACAUGGACGAGCCGCCCACUACGCUCUUCCAGCCCCCUUCGCCGGAGCAGGCCCGUCGCCUGGCGAAGCAGCAUGCGCAAUUCGGGCCCAUCGGUCAUCAAAGCCACCGCUAUUCGAGUCGACAUCCUGGCGGUGUCUUCCCGGAGCCCGUCAUGGACGAACCGCCCUAUUACUAUCUGCUCACCACCUACAUCAGUUACCUAAUCCUAAUUGCUUUUGGGCACGUCCGUGACUUCUUCGGGAAGCGCUUCCGCGAAGAGCAUUAUCGCCACCUGAAGCCGCAGAAUGGCUACGGGGCCUUGAAUAGUGACUUUGAUAAUUUCUACGUCCGCCGCUUAAAAUUGCGCAUCAACGAUUGCUUCGAACGCCCCGUGAUCGGCGUGCCCGGCCGGUACAUCACCUUGAUGGACCGGUCCACUAAUGACCACAAUAAGCAUUUCUACUUCACCGGAACCACCACCGACACCCUGAACCUCAGUUCGUAUAACUACCUGGGCUUCGCCCAAUCCGAAGGCCCCUGCGCCGACAUGGCCGAGGAGGCGAUCCGAAAAUACGGCAUCGUCUCUCCCAGCACCCGCGCCGAAGUCGGCUCGCAGGAUCUGCACGUGGAAGUGGAGGAUCUAGUAGCCAGAUUCGUGGGCAAGGAAGCCUCGAUGGUCUUCUCCAUGGGUUUCGGAACCAAUGCCAAUGUCUUCCCCGCUUUGGUGAGCCGGGGCUGUCUCCUCAUCUCGGACGAACUCAACCACGCGUCGAUCCGCUUCGGCGCCCGUCUGUCCGGCGCGUCGAUCGCCAUGUUCAAACAUAAUGACAUGAAGGAUCUGGAGAUCAAACUGCGUGAGGCAAUUAGCCAAGGACAGCCGCGCACGCACCGCCCGUGGAAGAAGAUCUUGGUCGUGGUCGAGGGCCUCUAUUCCAUGGAGGGAUCGAUGUGCAACCUCCCCGGCCUGAUUCUGUUGAAGCGACGUUACAAGUUCAACCUUUUUGUCGACGAAGCCCAUUCUAUCGGCGCCAUUGGUCCCCGCGGGCGCGGCGUCUGUGACUUCUUCAGCGUCGAUACCAGCGAAGUGGAUGUCUUGAUGGGGACCCUCACCAAGUCCUUUGGCGCCAACGGAGGUUACAUCGCGGCGGAUAAGGCGAUGAUUGACACCCUGCGCGCAACCAACUCGGGCGUUCUCUACGGAGAGUCUCCGGCGCCGGCGGUGCUGUCGCAGAUCUCCUCGGCGCUGCGGCUUAUCAGCGGCGACAUCGUCCCCGGCCAGGGUGAAGAGCGGCUACAGCGAUUGGCCUUCAACUCUCGUUACCUGCGUCUCGGAUUGAAGCGUCUUGGUUUUAUAGUGUACGGCCACGACGAUUCGCCUAUCAUCCCUGUUCUCCUCUUCAACCCGGCCAAGAUGCCUGCCUUCUCCCACGAAAUGCUUCGACGCAAGAUCUCCGUGGUCGUCGUCGGUUAUCCGGCUACCCCUCUGGUCUCCUCCCGAGCCCGGUUCUGCGUCUCGGCCGCCCACACGAAAGAAGACCUGGAUCGGGUCCUGGCUGCGUGUGACGAAAUCGGAAACGCGUUGCAACUCAAGUUUUCGACCGGCGUUGCUGGGGGCGCCUUGCCGCCCACCGACGAUGUGAAGCCGUCUCCCGAAAUGCUGAAACACCAGCGUCGUCAUCAGAGCAGCACCGUCAUCCCGCCGCGCUGGCGGCUCGAAGAUGUGAUCAAGCGUGGUGUUCAAGAUGUGCAGACGCCGUUGUACUAA